AUGUUGAACUACCUAUUGUUCGCGCUAUCAUUACUUGCUGCUCAUUUGGUGCAAGGAGGAGCACCGGGUACAAACGGUGAAUUGGAUAAUCCGAAAAUUAAGGAAUUAGUGGACAAUGAUGCGAAGAUUUAUCUAAGUGCAUUUGGUUAUAUGUCCAAACCGAAAGGAUCAAAGAGUACUGACGGGAAAACCACGGAGCCAAGCAAAUAUGAUUUGCAGGCAGCACUUUUACGAUUCCAAAAAGCGUUCCUUAUAUAUCAUUCUGGUGUUAUGGAUGUACCUACGCAUGCAAAAAUGAACGAAUAUCGAUGUGGUAUUAAGGAUUUGAACAACGGGGAAGAACUACAAGAUCUUCCAAAAAAAGAUCUUUGGCAGAAGAAGGUUCUUCUCUGGAACAUCACCUCAUAUCCGUCAUCGCUUACUCCCGCACAGACACGGGAGGCAUGUGAUGAGGCGUUUGAAAAAUGGCGACAAGUUGCUGGAAUCGAUUUCAUAGAAACCGAAAACGCUAAGAAGGCGGAUAUUGUUAUAAGUUUCGAGGAUUUCCCAAGAAUAUUUAUGAAUGUGGCAGCCGGCGCCACUCGUCCACCGAACAGUCGAAUUAUUAUGGAUAGAAGUCGCAUUUGGGGCUACCGUAACCAUAUUCCAAGGGGAAUUUCCCUAUUUCACACCUUACUUCAUCAAAUUGGCCAUUCGCUUGGUCUACAUCAUAACUUCUAUCGCGGCUCAAUAAUGUAUCCAAUAUUGAAACCUGCACUGGUCCCAUACGGAACGUUAGACGGUAUCCCUAAUAUCGACAAGUUAACGUUAAGAAAACUUUACGGACUUGGACAAGUAAGCGAGAAGAAGUUAGCUGCUGAUCUGGCUGCUACAAGUAGAUGUCCAAAGCAAAUCGAUUCAGUCACUCAUGUAAAUACGAAGGAAUGGGUGGUAUUCGUCCAGAAUAAGGUCUAUCGAGUCAGCAACAGAAAAUUCAUCGAUAACGGAAGAAAGAUCCAAGACGUCUUUCCAAAAGGACCGCAGUUCGUGAACGCAACAGUGACCUCCGGUAACUUAAUCCUGCUUAUCGCAGAACGAACUAUUUAUGGAUAUGAAUACGAUGGAGUUAGCUUCUCCGAAGCGCCGGAUUUCCCAAGGGAAGUGCAUGAACGUGUGCUUUUCUAUCCUCAGGCAGCGUUCCCAUUGACAAAUGGAAGCGUGAUUCUACUUUCGGGGAACGUCUUCGCCACUUACAAUGUGCUUGAAAACGCGCCAUCAUUCCUGAAUGAUAAGACCAGAUAUUUCCCGAACUUGCCUGAUGAUUUGCGCUCAGGAGUUCCUAAGGAUGUUCGAAGCAGUGAUUCCUACUGGAUGUUUGAUGAAACUACGGUAUCCGACUACGACAUGCCCACGAAACAAGUGCUACAACUCGAAUCUAUUGCCGAUUUCUUUAAAUGCGUCUGA